CUCCAGGCGUCCAUGCGUCACGCCACGAUCCUGCCGCACCCGGUCCGUAUCCGUAUCUUGGAUUCACCCUCGCCGAGAUAUCCCUCGGGGCCAGGGCCAGAGCGCGCGUGGCCGGUCAGCGAUCCCGGCCUCCUCGUCUUCGCCUUUUCCGCCCCGCCGUCUCCUGUGCCGCGGCCUCGUCGCCCUCGGCUAUAUAUAGGGGCAGGGUGGCGACGCUCUCCAAAGGCCUUUUCUUUCCCUUUCUCUCCACAGUCCGAGCAUAGUAGUCCUAGGUAGAGAUGGCGAGCUUCAAGGGCCUUGUCGGCGAGGGGAGCGCGGCGCUGCCGCACGUCCUCGCCGUGGACGACAGCUCGGUCGACCGCGCCGUCAUCUCCGGCAUCCUCCGGAGCUCCAAGUUCCGCGUGACCGCCGUGGACAGCGGGAAGAGGGCCCUGGAGCUUCUUGGCUCCGUAUGUGAUCUUCCUCGAACCUUAAUUUGUCCCUUUUAUUUCGGAUAUUUUUGUGCUUUUUGCAUGUGUCUUACUGUGUGUUCUUGGGCGUCGCAGGAGGCCAAUGUGAGCAUGAUAAUCACCGACUACUGGAUGCCGGAGAUGACGGGCUACGAGCUCCUCAAGAAGGUCAAGGGGUCGUCCAAGCUGAGGGAGAUCCCCGUGGUGAUCAUGUCCUCGGAGAACGUGCCUACAAGGAUCAACAGGUGCCUGGAGGAGGGAGCCGAGGAUUUCCUGCUGAAGCCCGUCCAGCCGUCCGACGUGUCGCGCCUCUGCAGCCGCGUCCUCCGCUGAGCGCCGCCUGGUCCGGUUGCACCGUCGGACGCCCCUGAACCGCACUACAUGGCGUGCGGAUUCAGCGUUUUGGCCUUCUGGAACAUGGACGCAUGCGUGGCAGUAGAGUAGUAUGAUGGCCGUCAGUGUGCAUGCAGCCUGUGUUUUGCUUCUGCUAAGUAGGAUGUGCCCUGUUUCCCCCUGUUAUGUAGCAGUCGACGUAUAUCCCUCUCAGUGUUCUGUGUUUCAGUCUCGUGGAUCAGUGUUCAGUAAAAAAGGAAGUUUGCUUCAAGCUAUUG